AUGGCAUUUCCUCCCCCACCAUUAAACUCGUCCUCCAACUUCGACAGUUACUUCCUCCUCUUCAUCGCCAGUUUCAUCUUGGCAGCCAUUGCAAUCACCCUUCUAUUAAACUGCGGAUGUAUGCGAAUGGAGUCUUUGUUGCAUUGUUUCAGAUCAUGCUGCAUCAAAAAAGAACCAAAAGUUGUAGAAAUUAUACCAGUUUGCAGGUACAAGGAAGAGCAAUCAUUCAGUACUGAGUGCUCUGUUUGCCUUACGGCGUUCCAGGAAGGAGAAAAAGUGCGGCAGUUGCCCGCAUGCAGGCAUUCAUUUCAUGCUCCGUGCGUGGAUAUGUGGCUAUAUUCUCACUCAAGCUGCCCUUCAUGCCGAGCACAUGUGCAGCAGACAAACAAGGAGGAUUCAAGGGAGGAGCAGUUAGGUAACAGGGAGAUGGCUAUUGCUAUUAUUCCUGCUUUGUGA